UUAAUAGUCAAAUAAGCAAGCGCUACAACCCUCAAAAGCGCUGGGAAGUUGCCGAAGAAAAAGCGCUGAUUGAAUUCCUUCAAGAGAAUCGUGAUUUUGAGAAACCAUUGGGACGGAUAUUUUAUAAUCGCUUUGCAAAUGAAAAACAAAUUGUGGUGGAGUGGAAAUCAGCGCGUUCAAAAGUAAGAAAUAUGCGCUCUGCAUAUAAUAAAGCGAAGGAAUGGGAAGGAGGUACUGGCGCAGGUUGCAUGGAUGGCGAUACUAUAAGAAGCGUUCUGCUCAAAAAGUUUCGCUAUUUCUACGAGUUUGACGAUAUUUUCGGCGCUCGGCUAAACGCUGUAGUUGAAGAAAUAAUGGAAACUGCUGAUACUACCAUUGAAGUAGCAAGUCCUGUGCAAAUCGAAAUCCCUGUUGUGAAUGAAACUGCGACCACUACUAGCCAAAGAGGAAUAUACUCCAGAACAGUUGCUUCCGACAUUAUGCAAAUGCAUGGCGAAAUAGUAAAAUUGCGAAUGCAAAAGUUAGAGGCAGAUGUAGCUGCAAGAGAAAGAGAGUUCGAGCAAAAAGAAAAAGAGUUGAAAUUAAAAGCUAAAGAAGUUGAGCUUAAGGAAGUGGAAAUCAGGGAUGCAGUUUGGAUCUAAAUAGAUCCAAUUGGAUACAUUUUUAGACGAA